AUGGAUGAAACAUACGUAGACUCUAGCAAAUUAAACGUAAUGAUCAGUUACUCCCACCAAAACACUGAGCUGAUGUUGAGAAUCAGGGACCUGCUAUCUUCUAGCAACUACGAGGUAUGGGUGGACACUAACCUUAAGGCAGGGUGUCAGUUUUUCAAGAAUAUUGGCAGUGCUGUUAUUGGAUGUGAUGUCUUCUUGUUCAUUUUGACUGAGCACUCUGUUGCUUCCAAGUUUUGCGAAGAUGAGGUGUCUUUGGCUCGGAUCUCCAACAAGAAAAUAUUGCCUGUCACUUUUUGCAAUCCCAUGGAUAUUUCGUCGGAAAUGAACCCUGGUCUUCGUCUAAUUUUGAGUUGCACUCAAUGGGUAUGCCUUGAUCCAAAAGUUGAUGACGAUCAAAACGAUCGUCAAAUUGUCCAAAAUCUUAACCAAGCCUUACAAUUAGAACAUACUGAAAAUUCGAGGUUGGAUAUCUAUGAUAUCGCUUUCUCUGAAGAAGAAUCUGCCGCUUCCGUAGGACAAAAUAAUAAAACCCUUCAUCGAACUGAUUGUAAUCUAUUUUUAGAACCAUUUUGGAAGAGACAUUUUGGAGAAACAAAGAAGAAAGUAGAGGUCAAGAAAGUGCUAGCGCAUAUAAAGGAAGACUACAAGUUUGAUUAUGAGAAAUUAGGUUUUGAUGACACGCAAACGGCCAAAGCUUUGGCUCUGUGGUGCUUUGACUUACAACAUCAUGAUACAGUCGUUACAAGAGCUCAAUAUGACAUGCUGGUGUACGCCAAUGGAUACUUGAAAGGGAAAGAAGAAGGGCCUGAUACAUUUUGGAUACGAUGUAAGGAUGGAUUUAGCAUGGAGCUCACUAUGGGGCAAGUUUUCAAUGCAGAGAGUUCGGUGCGAUACGAUUGCAUCGAGAAUCUUGGCGAGAUUAAGAACAAAAGAUUUACCACCAUGCUGUACAAAUUGCUAAAAGACAGUGAUCCAAAUAUUCGUGCAGUGGCCUGUAUUGCUCUUCCCCGCACGGUAAACAUGCAGACUAUGAACACAACAAUUGAACGUGUUCUAAAGCUUCUCAAAGACCCAGACAGGUUAGUCCGUCAAAGUGCGUGUGUUGCUCUAGGUAUCUUCAGAAAACCUGCCUCAGUUCCAGCCUUGCUCAUCACCUGGAGAAACGAUAUGAUAAGUGAUGUGCGCAGUUCAGCACUGAAGUCGCUGGAGACUAUAGGGACAUCUGAGGCUCUUGAGGGCAUCAAGGUUGUGAAGACACUGCAAGAUGAAAUUAAAAAACUUGGCAUGUAA